AUGGCUUCUACAAAACCAGCCGUUCCUGGCCAAUCCGCAUCCUCCGCAGCUCCAGCUGCUGAAAAUGCUACUCCUCAUCAUACCUAUGACUACUCAAACCUUUCACCAGUAGAAGCAUCCAAACGUCGAGCAGCAUAUAAAGCAGUUGAGGAUCACUUUGAUCCCACCUACAAAUAUAUCGGGAUCGGGUCAGGUAGUACUGUCGUUUAUGUAGUGGAAGCCAUUGCCGCUAAGGGUCGAGAAAUCACCUCACAGAUGAUUUUCGUUCCCACUGGUGAUCAGAGCAAGCAAUUGAUUAUUGAGGCGGGUCUACCCCUAGGAAGCAUAGAUUCUCUACCUCCGGUAGUUGUCGAGCCUCUUCAUCUUAGUGGGGAUGCUGCUUUUGAUGUUUCUACGGGGUUGCAGGAUCUAGGAUUAAAGGGAAAACGUGAAAGUCUUGAUGUUGCGUUUGACGGGGCAGACGAAAUUGACGAAGAUCUCAACUGCAUAAAAGGAGGUGGAGCCUGUCUUUUCCAAGAGAAGCUAGUCGCAACUUCCUCCAAGAAGUUCGUAUGUGUAGCGGAUUACCGAAAACUUCAACCUCGUCUCCUUACAUCUUGGAAAGCUAUUCCAAUCGAGAUUGCGCCACUAGCCGCCCCAACUAUAAAGAGGAUUCUGAUUACACUCGGAUCUCCGGAUCCGAAAAUUAGGCAAGGUGGAAGUGCGAAAGCCGGACCAGUCGUAACAGAUAACGGCAUGUGGAUUAUUGAUGCGCCUUUCCCUAAACUUCUGAUUCCUUCGGAUCUGAAAGGUAAUGACAAGGGCGAUGGAGAACAUGGUACUUGGGAGGUACACAACCUAGGGAGAAGAUUGAAGAGAAUAGUCGGAGUACUAGAAACGGGCCUCUUUCAUGGUAGAAAUGGUGCACAGGUCGCCAAUGCUGGGGAAGAAGGCGGCGGACAAAAACCAGUGGCUGCAUAUUUCGGGAUGGAGGAUGGUAAUGUCGAGGUACGCACUGCGACGGAGCACGGAGUGAAGUCGAGGCCUUAG